AUGGCUUCCGCAUACUCGGAGUCCGAGCCAGUUCUGGUGUCCCGUCUCUCGAAGGCGGGUUUUGAGCAGGCUGAGCGCGAUCUCAUCCUGAAGCACGUUAAGAGCUUGAAGCAGUUGGCCUUCGUGAGCUCCUUUGCUCCGGGGGCUGCGGACGAAGGUCCGUUGAUCGAGGCCCUUAAGACGAUGCUUGGAAAGGACCCAGAGAUGAAUCAGAAGGCAGCUUUCAGAGCAGUUUUCCAUGAGGCAUAUGCCAUUGUCACUUCGGAGAUGCGACAGCAGGUUGAAAGGGUCGAGGAGCCGACAGUUCGUCAUUUGAGUCAGCCCGAGAGGGCUGAGAGAAUUGAGCGACAACGUUCACAGUUGACUGGCAUCACGAUAAAGGGUUCCUCGGAGCCAUCAGAGGCCCUGGUCGACCUUUGCGUCGGUCAGUAUGAGGCCAAUGUGAUCCAGUAUGUCCCUUGGUCUAAGUGCACGUCGCGGGAACAGGAGCUCCUGGGCGACGGUAAGAAGGACCUGAAGCUUUCGAUAGACGGCGAGAGUGGUAAGCUCAAGGUAGAGAACAAGGCCAAGGAUCAGGUGGCUGACACGUCCACUGAAGUGAUGCUUCUGCAGGCUCUGCAGAGGCGUGCUCUUGCAUUCGAUCAGGCUAACAUUGUUUCUUUCACGAAGCUUGACAUGUGGCAUCAAAAGUUGAUGAAGGCGAGGCUGACUGCGCCCCCGCCGGGUUACCAGCAGGUUACCUUCGCUCAGUUGCAAAAUGCAGACUCGAGGCUCUUUUUGGAGCUUCAGGACCAUACGCGCACAGGCAUUCAGUCGGAUGCCAAAGGCCGUCCGAUCGAUGGGAUCAUAGAUUCUGUCAGCUGCAUGCAUGAGGUGGUUUCGCUGAUGCAGCCGCUCCAGGGCGGCCCCUCGUCUUCGUACGGUCCCAGUGAGCCUGCUCGUCUGCGAGAGUCGCCGUACAAAGGUAAGGGCAAGGGCAAAGAUGGCAAAGGGAAGAAGCGCUUCGUUGCUAUGCCAAGCGAGCUUCGUGGGUGGGUGCAAUUCGCACACCGCGAAAGGGUGACGGGCAAUAAAUGUGAGAAGGGAUUGCACAUCUGUGCAGUCCCCAAGUGCGGCAUGAACCACGCCGCUGUCAAGUGUCCCAAGAAGCCGAAAGAUGGCGAGCAGGCGGGCCAUUCUCGAGCAAUCCAGCAAGUGCUUACGGCCCAUCCCGAAGGGGAUGAGCCUCUUUUGAGUGCGCCCGAAGGGGCCCAAGCAGUGCCAUUUGAAGGGCAAGGAUCGAACCAACUCGAUCCGAAAGUGCAUGCGGACUCUUAUGCUGAGGAGCUUCUGUCUUUGGGCAGGGAUCCCACGGCCCAGGAGUUGAUUCGUUUGUUUGACAUGCUGCCUCAGGAGCCGCUUUUGAGCAAUACUCGUGACGAUGGAGCCGUGGCCUUCUCGACUGGUGCCUAUGCGAAGGGGCCGCUGCUCGGUCUCAGGAGCAACUGCAACAAACAUCCGGCGGCUUCGAAGGUUUUCGCUCAGGCAGUGCAACGCGCUGCCCCAGGGAUGCAAUUUUCUACUCUGAGUGUGUUUUCAGACCUUAAGACGGAGCCUCAUGUCGACCGCUUCAACUCUCCUUUCCCGAACAUUCUUGUGCCACUCAGCAAUUUUCGGAAAGGCGAGGUCUGGGUCGAGUCGGCUGAGGGCGAUUUUCCUCUUGAGGUCGAUGGUGUUACGAAGCGUGGCAUCUUGAUCGAUGUUGCCUCCGGACCGAAGGCCUUCUAUGCUUGCAGCCAUGUGCACGCUACCCGGCCGUGGAGCGGUCGACGCGUGGUCAUAGUUGGGUUUUGCGUUGCUAGGAUUCAGGAACUUGAUGUUGAAUGUAGGGCGCGCUUAGCUGAGCUGAGCUUCCCUGUUCCCCAGACGGCGCCCAACUUUAGUCCGGAUUUGAUCGAAGUCGGGGGAACCUUUCAUGACCUCAGAAGUUCUCAAGUGGAUGAGGCAUGUGAUGCCCUCCCGGCUCAACUGCAAGUCGCUUCUUUGCUGUGCCUUGACCUCUUUUGCAAUGCAGGUGAGUUUGGAGCCUCCCUGAGGGCCGCCGGAUUCGAUGUGCUCGCGGUCGAACAACCGCACCUAAAGCAGAGAGCUCUGAUCAGCGUUGUGUCGUUGGAUCUCAGGAAGGCUGCCUCAUGGGAUUUUCUAGUUAAGGUUGUACUCGCUAGGAGGGUCGUCUUUGUGCUUGCUGCCCCCACUGUGGCCGCUUCUGCGGGCGAACUUCCAGCAGGUUUUGCCCAGGUGUCUUCCGAACUCAGCUCUUUCUUGGCUUUUCUCGCCACUCUUGAUAUCGGAUGGUGCGUCUUGAAUCCGCUGAACAGCCGACUGUGGUCGACUUUGGCUCUGCCUGCCUCGCAUGCUGUGAAGUUCGACCUCUGUGCCCAUGGUGGCGAGCAGCACCGCCAGAUGCUGUUGCAUACUAACGUCCAGACUUUAAGCGCUCUUGCUGUGUCGGCCGACGACAAUCAGGUAGUUGUUUUCGCGGGUUCACUAGGGUUUGCUGUGUCCCCUGAUGCAGUCAAGCCAUCUGCCAAUCAUCGGUCCUCCAUUGCAGUGCAGCGCCAGCCCAAGGUCUCCAAGGUGCCGCCGCUCAUGCCCGAAUACAAGCAUCGGGUUACUUUGCAGGUUCCGUCCAUGGACGCUCUACGUUAUGAUGCGAAAAACUCCUUGACGGCCGCUUUUCAGUCGGUGCCUGUCGGUGCCCGCAUCCUUCAGGUGGUGCCUGUGCAAGGGGGACAGCAGUUACUCUAUCUCAUCCUUUCGACCUGUCUUCUGCAGUGCCGGGAGAUUCUUGCGUUCACCCUCACGAAAGGGCCCUUGGCAGUCAUGAGGCAUCGCUUGGACACCUUGACGAAAUGGAAAAAGUGGUUUCAAGAACUUCGUGGAGCCGAGGCCUCCUUGCACGCGAGGCUUCACCCAGAUGUCGAGAAGAUAGUUGCACGCAAAAACUUGACCCUCCUGCGGCGUGUGGCCGAGGAUUUACAGUGGCCUGAUGCCACGAUAAUCGACGACAUCGAGAAUGGCUUUGAGCUCGUGGGUGAGGCCAAGCUUACAGGCAUCUUUGAGGUGGACCCGAAACCCUCUUCGAUGUCCGUGGACGAGUUGCUUGAGCACGCUAAGUUCUUGAAGCCAGCCCUGUGGGGCAAGGUGUCGGGCGAUGCGAGCCACCCGGAUGAUCAGGAGCUCUGGGAUCUCACUUGUGCUGAAGCUGACGAGAAAGGUUGGUUGCAUGGACCCUACACGUGGGAGCAACUGCAGAACAUGUUUGACUCCAAGUGGAUACCUGUGCGCAGAUUCUCCAUCAGGCAAAAGAACAAAUUGCGGCCCAUCGACGACCUGUCCGAGAAUGCCGUCAAUCAAGUCUCUCGGCCCGAGCACUUUUGCUGUGAGUACGGGUGGGGUAGCUGUAGCUUGCCGUAG